CUUCUAUCAAUCUAUAUAAUUUGCUACUAGAUAAUCCAGUGCAUUGUCUCAACGACUUGGGACUCACUAGAGAUGGAGAAGCCGAAUAUCGAAAGCGCAGGCGAAUCUUCCAUCUGGCAAGGCUACAGCACACCCACCACCUCUGCCGCUCCUCAACCCCUGGCAUAUGAUUCGAAUUAUCAGUCCCCUGCAUUAGCAAUACCUUACCAUGGUCGAGCUCAGAAAGGUAGUUAUCGGUCGUUGGAUAUACCGCUAAUCCAGACACCACCACCAUAUCGAGAAGGAAAUGGCCCUUUGACAGCUUCGCCACCACCACUUCAUACCCAUAACAGUUAUCCGUCACUGAAGAGAGGUUUUCACCACUCAGAGGGCCUCUCUUUUGGAGAAAAUUCACAAGAGUUUAGGGAAGAGGCAGCAGAAGCUCCCAAACCCGCCAUUAAUCAAGAUCAUCGACUGCUCUCCUUUGGCAAGCUGCCAGAGAAACAUACUCUUAUCGAUAAUCAGGGAAGAGUUCAACAUAUUGAGCUUGGAGCAGAGAUCCAUGGGAUGUUCUUUCUCUCAGAACUCGCAACACCAUCAGGAGAGGGCCUCCUGGUCCAGCCGGAACUAACCUGCUAUCGCCGAAACCUCUUCCAGAUUACUGGAAGCGUUACCACUCCUCGAGGGUCUAUCUCACUGAUCAGUGAAGGAGGAGGAAGAGUUCACAUUGUCUCGAUGGAAGUGGCUAUCUCAGCGACGGAAUCAAUUGAUGGAAACGUCGUCAAACUAAUCGUAAUUCCUUGGAAGACACCCCCGCCAAACUCCCCGGAAAUUCCUUCCGGACAGGAGCAUGAGCCAUCACCCAUACCACUCGUACCAUUUGACGAGGGACCUGAUGCACACAGUGACCUCACCGUGUACCCGAUCGCCUACCGAAGGCUACAGUUUCGAAUAGCAACCGCUAACAACGGACGAAGGCGAGAGCUACAGCAAUACUUUACUCUUCAUUUAAGCGUGGUCGCAACUCUCGCUAACAGGACGAAAACAAAUGUGUGCGAGACGUCAACAACCCCUAUCGUGGUCAGAGGUCGAAGUCCGAGGAAUUUCCAAGCUCGAAAGGAGAUCCCUCUCGUUGGAUCAUCUUCGGCCAGAAGACAGCAACCAGAACCACAUUUUUCUACGAAUAUUCUGCCGGGCGAUGAAAUAAUCGCCCCUCCACCCAAGAAACCGAAAUGUGAUGAUCCUGAAGUUACCACAAAAGCUUUUCUCAGGGACAUACCCGACUAUACAGCCACCGAGCCGGCAUCUGCUAAGUUUGCCCGUCCUUUGGCUGAUAACCUUAGCCAAAGAAGUCACAACGAUUCCAUGGUAUUUGAGGUUGCAUCUUCUGAUCACUCGCUCCAACUUAGGUCGAGAUAUGGACGCCUGGAGAGUAUAGAUGGAUUUGAUGAUCUAUCGAAUUUAUCUAUUAAAGAGGCCAAAAGUUCCACGCCUAACGAUGACUCAGAGUACGAGAUCCUGGCCGCUUCGACCGAACCUCAGCGGCCCCCAAAUUCUUCUCUGAACGGUAGGUUAAGUCUCCUUAAGAUGUCAUGUAGUAUAGGGAAUAGAUUCCGAAGACUUUGGAGGCCGAAGGUUGGGAGUGAUUCACAGAGGAUUGAAUGGACGUGUGGAUGUGGACACGAGCUAUAUGCAGACUUCAAUGUUUUCAACGAGACCGUGAACGAAUUGGCGGCAAUCCUUCAACUCCCGAUCUCUUCCUCAUCGUGCACGAAUGAGUCUUACCAUAUGAGCGAGCUUCAUGGCGUCCAAGUACCCAUACCAGCACACGCUCCUUCACGAACAUCAUUUGAUUCGACGGAUUCUAGUUCUGGAGCUUCUUUAUCAACGCUCUUAGGAUCAACGUCAUCCAUGAGCAGUAAUCUCAGCUCCACUUUCCCGAGGCAGUCAUACCUGGAGCUUUGCAUCAAUACUGGGGAGUAUACAAAGACCUUGCGCGAGAUUGACUUGAGAAAUGUUGGUUGUGAUGGCGAGCUAUUCAAGGAGAUCAGAAAUGAAUAUUCCAGGGCGCGGAAUUUCAAAUCGAGUUUUUGGCUUCUCAGGCCUUCCGGCGUGCAUUUUGUUCGAUUCGCAGUCGAGGACCCACUCCGUGUCGGCAUCUUACAAAAGCCACUUUCCAUCCCCCCACAAUGCGAAGUCGACGCAAAGCACUACUCCUACUCCCCAUGUCCCCUACAAGACCCUCCCAUACCACAAGACACAUUCCUCCACUAUCUCUCAUGCACUACUUCCAACCCGAAAUCCGCGUGGAUGCCUCGUUUGCCGAAGAAGCUCGAUCCUAGUAUCAUGCGCUUUACUGGCGCCGUAAACUACGGUUGGGGAAUACAUAUUACUGAAGGUCCAAAUUAUAUUGCAAUUGGAGUUAUUAAUCUUCUUAUGAUGGUUGUUAGUGGACUUGUAGCAUUUCUUUGGAAGUAUUUUAUGCAUGAUUUUCAAGGUGCGUUUGGGUUUGCUGGGUGGAUUGUAGCUGUUGUAAAUGGGAUUUUGGUAUUAUGUAUUGCCAUGUGGCGCCUUGAAUAGAGUUUUCCUUUGUUAAAAAUGGAGGGUUUUAAAUGAAUUUCUAAAUUCAGAGAAGCUAACAUCUAAUCCAUACAAAUUGGC